ACUAGGUUAGUGUUCAGCUUUCUUCGUUCACUCUAGAAACAUGUUGAAGACUGUGCUGCCCCGUCUUGUGAACACGACUGGUGUUUGCCGGUGGCCAUGUCUACAUCCCGUGUCACUGUCAUCAGUUCCGUCAGGAAGGAGAGCAUCAGACGGCGCGAGGACGUCUGGGACACGAAGACAGAUGUCAGACAAUACCACAGACAUCAAGACACCUUCCUUUCAAUACUUCUGGCAGCCAGGUUCUGGCUACUAUGAGGAAAGUCUCGGAAGACUGUCAAAACCAAUCACUGACAUCUGUGAAGAUUUUGUUUUAUCUCAUAUAGAUUCCAUACCCGUACCUUCACCAAAAGGCGUGUUCACCAUUGGUGACUAUGGAACAUGCGAUGGGUCAGUGUCUCUACGACUCAUACACAGGAUCAUUGACCACUUGCGAAACAAACAUGGACCCGACCUGAAGAUCCAGGUGUUGUACGAAGACCACCCAUCCAACGACUACAACAGCCUCUUCAAAACAAUUUAUGGCGAAACAUCAUACCUAUCCAAGUUAAACAAUGUGUUCCCCAUGGUCUGUGGCACUAACUUCUACAAGCAGUGUGUACCUGACAACACCUGUGAUGUCAUUAUCUCCUUCAUGGCCGUGCAUUAUUUGAGUGACGACAGUUACGUGAGAUGUUCCAAUACAAUGUUCCCCUGGCGGUCGACAUCACAAGAGGAGUUGCGAGCUCAUCACGAGGCUGCAGCACGUGACUGGCAGACGUUCCUCCUCCACAGAGCAGCAGAACUCAAACCGGGCGGACUUCUUUUCGUGACGCAGUGCGCCACCAACAUGUGGAAUAACACCUUACUGUCUGGAAACACGAACAUUUCUGUAACGGACACCAUUAGCUAUCCGGAGGAACACGCUAACGACGUGUGGACUCACUUUGAUUUGGCCUGGACAGAGCUGUAUGCCGAGGGCAUAAUAACAACAGAGGAGUUCCAGUCAUGCACUAUUCCGAUGACAUUCCGGACUUUACAGGAACUAAAAGCUCCUUUCGAGAAUGCCGCCAUGUCUCCAGUCCGACAGGCUGGUCUCAACUUGAUAAAGGAACCAGAGGACGUGUUCACUCCUUGUAUUAUCAAAACAGUGUGGCGACAAAAACUACAGAUGGACGGCGUUGAUGAUAGAAAGCUGUUUGCUCUUCUUCUCGUGCAACCAUUGCGACUGAUCCUAGAUGGAACUUUGAGAAAUACCUUGAGAAAAACACGAACUGCCGAGGAACAAUCGUUCAUAUUAGAACAAUUCUACGAAUGUUUUGUUAAGAAAGUGGCCUUGAUGAACCCAAAGACUUUCCAAAGUGAAUUGUUUUUAAGGAGGCUUGUCGCACAGAAAUCAAAAUGAACAAACGGCCACCAAUCAGCUUCGUCAGCUCCACAUUGCGGAAGUCUGGAACUGGGGAACUGGUGUAUUUCCAGACCUGGGGGAGCGGAUGGGAGGAUAGAAUAACGGACUGGUGCUGCUGAGGUCGGGGGGAGGACCGUUAUCAAGUUCUCGCCUUCCCCUCACAUGGCGCACGUGCUCUCGGAAUGUCAUUGGAGGCCAACUCUUCAUGGCGCAACCAUGGUCAGAAACAAGGCCAAGGAAUCUUGAACUAAUGGCUGAAAGUUUUAAUAGUUUUCUCAGACAUUAAAGACACCCACUUUGAAAUCAGUUUUUAAAAGUCCAUUUUGUCUUGUUUUUUAUUUUUUUGUUUUGGUUGUUUUGGCCGAGCAAAUGAUGCCUGUCAUGUAGUGAUGUUGGUCUUCCGGUGUGCGCACUCACCCUUUUUCUUCAUUUUCACUGUCGACAUUGAGCUAUUGAGUAAUCAUCUGGAUAAUUACCAUUGAUUUGUAAGAACAUUAUUUUGAACAAAAGUUGUGUUGCCAUCAUUGUCUUAGUGCUGACUGGUGAGAUUGUAGUUGAUUAGUGUGCGGGUGCACUCC